CAGCCCGAGAGGGAUGGAUGAGUGGAUGUGCUGCUGCUCGCAUGUGUGGAUGUGUGUAUGCUGAACGAGACAGCGAGAGGAGAGCAGAGGCGCAAGGAUCAGAAGCCAGCAUUGCCCAUCAAGACCUGACAAGAGACAGGACAGCAGGACAGACAUUAUUCACUUUUCGUUUUAAUUUUCCUGGAUGUGAUUUUUUCAAAAAAAAGUGAAAGGCCACUUAAGCCUUCGCUUUGUGGACUUUGAGGAGACAUCAGUGGGAACUGUAGCAUUAGGGGAGCCACCUCUGGAGGCGGCAGAGGGGAGAGCAUUGGGACUUGGAUCUCUAGGGAUGACAGGACAGUGUGGCAAGAGCAUCACACAAUUUCCUCCACCAAUGCUGCUGGCACUUGCCCUUGUCAUCUGAGAGGCCUCUGAGUGAUAGCCAUCUGAAGACUGUACCCAGCCACGAGCUUCCCCAGUGCUGUUACGGUCACAGAGGUCUAAAGUCAGUGUGCAGCUGAGCCCCGAAAAAGCAGAAGCGAGGAGAAGAGAAGAGAAGAGAAGACGCGAGGCGAGAGAAGACAAGACAAGAGAAGAGAGGACGUAAGGCGAGAGGAGUGGAGAAAAGAGAAGAGAGGUCGCGAGGCGAGAGGAGAGGAAGUGAAGGAGACGAUAUAAGCCAAUCAGAGGAGAGCGAUGUGGAAGCGAGGCGAGGGGUUGGGCCUGCCAACAUGGCCGCUCCUCCUCUUGCUCUGGCUGAGAGCCGCGGCCGCCAUCGAAGUACCAGAUGAUCUGAAGCAGCCUCCCACCAUCACCAAGCAGUCCCCAAAGGACUACAUUGUGGACCCGCGCGAUAACAUCAUCAUUGAAUGUGAAGCCACGGGGAACCCCCCGCCAACGUUCCUGUGGAAGCGUAACUCUCGUUUCUUCAACGUGGCCAAGGCGCCCCACGUGACGCAGCGUAAGCCGCAGGGGACGCUGGAGAUCUCCUUCCGUAGCGGGGGCCGGCCCGAGGACUACGAGGGGGAGUACCAAUGCUUUGUCACCAACGACUACGGCACGGCCUUCUCCAACAAGAUCCUGCUCAGGGUCUCCAAGUCUCCACUGUGGCCUAAGGAGAACCUGGCGCCCGUGCUGGUCAGCGAGGGAUCCCAGCUGGUGCUGAGCUGUAACCCCCCGCCCGGCCUGCCCCCUCCCUUCACAUUCUGGAUGAGCAGCAUGAUGAUGCCAAUUCGUCAGGAUGCGCGCGUGUCCAUGGGCCUGAAUGGAGACCUGUACUUCUCCAACGUGGUGGCCAAGGACUCCAGCACAGACUACAGCUGCAACGCACGCUUCCCCUUCACACACACCAUACAGCAGAAGAACCCUUACACCCUCAAAGUGCAAGCCAGCCACAAUGACUCUGACGCUGGUGACACUGGCGGUGCUCGCAACGUGCCGGAGACGGCCCCGAGCUUCCUGACUCCUUCGGGGCUGGUCAGCUCUAAGAUGGUGCUCCGAGGGGAGCAGCUGCUGCUGGAGUGUAUCGCCGCCGGAGUGCCGACUCCCAGCAUCAAGUGGUUCAAGAAGGGCGGUGAGCUGCCCAUGCGGCGGGUGAAGCUGGAGAGCUUCAACAAGACCCUGCGCAUCACCAACGUGUCAGAGGAGGACUCGGGAGACUACAUCUGCAUGGCCAACAACAAGAUCGCCAGCAUCCAGCACACCAUCUCCGUACAGGUCAAAGCUGCUCCAUAUUGGCUGGACAAGCCCGAGAACCUCGUCCUGGGCAUGGACGACAACGGCCGCAUGAGAUGCAUCGCCCAUGGCAACCCCAAACCCUCUAUCCAGUGGCUGGUGAACGGGGAGCCCAUAGAAGGUUCUCGGCCCAGCGCGUCGCGAGAGAUGCAAGGGGACACCAUCAUCUUCCGCAGUGUGGGGAUGGGAGACAGCGCCGUGUACCAGUGCAACGCCUCCAAUGAGCACGGCUACCUGCUGGCCAAUGCCUUCGUCAACGUUUUAGACAUGGCCCCGCGCAUGCUGGGUCCCAAGAACCAGCUGAUCAAGGUGAUCGAGAACAACCGCACCCUGCUGCAUUGCCCUUUCUUCGGCUCCCCCGAACCAGUCCUGCGCUGGUUUAAGAACGGGCUUGGCAGCGGCCUGGACGGUGGCCACUACAGGUUGUAUCUCAACGGCACCCUGGCCAUCAGGAGGGCACUGGCGGAGGACCAGGGCACAUACACCUGUGUGGCCAGCAACAUGCUGGGCCAGGCGGAGAACCAGGUCCGGCUGGAGGUCAAAGAGCCCACACGCAUAUUGAACGCCCCGGAGCACCUCUCCAGCACGCGGGGAGCGACGGCACGCUUCAACUGUCGCAUCAAGCACGACCCCAGUCUGAGCAUCCAGGUCACCUGGCUGAAGAACGGCGAGCCACUCAACCUAGCCUUCUGGAGGAUGAAGAGGGAUGACGAGUCCCUGAGCAUCUACAACAUCAACGAGGGAGACGAAGGCACCUACACCUGCCGCGUCACCACCGAGCUCGAUGAGGACUCUGCUUCUGCACGCCUUACAGUCCUGGACCGCCCAGAGGCCCCCAAAGACCUGGAGCUGUCCGACCCGCUGGCCCGCAGUAUCAGACUCACCUGGGUACCUGGCGAUGACAACAACAGCCCUAUCACAGAGUUCCUGGUGCAGUUUGAGGAGAACCGUUGGGAGCCUCGUAGGUGGCAGAACCUGUCCAGCCACCCCGGCCACAUGAACUCCGUGCUGCUGGAGCUGUCGCCCUUCGUCAACUACCAGUUCCGGGUCAUCGCCAUCAACUCUGUGGGCCAGAGCGACCCCAGCGAACCCUCCGCACGCUACCAGACCAGCGGAGCAGCUCCUGACAUUGCUCCUGAUGACAUCAAAGGAGUGGGCUCCAAGAAGAACAACAUGGAGAUCACCUGGAAGCCCCUCUCAAACAUUCAGAUGAAUGGGCCCAGCAUCGUGUAUGAGGUGUCAUGGAAGAAGAAGGAUGCAGAGGAGUGGGACUCAGUCAACACCACACACUCCAAGCACGUGAUCCAUGACACAGAGACCUACGAGCCCUUCCACAUCAAGGUCCAGGCCAUCAACGACUUCGGCCGGGGGCCAGAGUCUCCCAUGGCGCUGGGCUACUCUGGAGAGGACUAUCCCUCUGCUGCCCCAGGCAACCUGAACGUGUCCAAAAUCGACAGCACCAAAGUCAACCUGCACUGGGAUACCGUGGAGCCAAGCAGCGUCAACGGAGAAUUCAAGGAGUACCGACUGUACUACUGGAGGGAGAGCAGCCUGGUGAAGGGGCUGAAGGUGAAGCGUGAGAAGCAGGCCAAGGGCUUCUUCAGCUCCUCGGGCACGGGCAUCCUCACCAACCUGGUGCCCUACAGCCACUACACCAUGCACAUGGUGGUGGCCAACAGCCGCUACGAGGGCCCGCCCAGCAACAUCGUGGAGUUCAAGACCAAAGAAGGAGUCCCAGACUCCCCGCGCUUCUUCAGACUACAGAUGAGGAGCUCUUCUCUUAUCCAGCUGGAGUGGGACAAACCCCUGGAGCCCAAUGGCCAUCUGAUCGGCUAUAUGCUACAGUACUACACAGUGAAUGAGACGAUGGUGGGUAACCGGCAGAUUGAGAACUUCCCGCCUAACGUGACGUCCUACCGGCUGCCGCUCCCCAACCGCUUCACGCGCUACCGCUUCUACCUGGCGGCCCGCACUCAGGUCGGGGCGGGGGAGAUCUACACCAUCGAGACGCCAGACUUCUCCAAUGAAGCCAUCACCACAGACUCGGUGGACAUUGCCACUCAGGGCUGGUUCAUCGGCCUCAUGUGUGCGGUGGCCCUCAUCGUGCUCAUCCUCCUCAUAGUGUGCUUCAUCAAGAGGAGCCGGGGAGGAAAGUAUCCAGUGAGGGAUAAAAAAGACCUCCCUCUAGAUCCCGUCGACCAUAAGGACCAGGAUGGAUCCUUUGACUACCAUGACGAGGACAACAAGCCUCUGCAGGGCAGCCAGACGUCGCUGGACGGCCAGGUGAAGGAGAGCGACGACAGCCUGGUGGAGUACGGCGAGUGCGGCGACGGCCAGUUCAACGAGGACGGCUCCUUCAUCGGCCAGUACACCGUCAAGAAGGACAAGGAGGAGACGGAGGGCAACGAGAGCUCCGAGGCCACCUCGCCCGUCAACGCCAUCUACUCGCUGGCAUAGCACACGAAACGAAAGCGUCAAUAGUGCCGCGACGCGCACCCGACCUCAACCCAACCCAGCCCAGCCCAGCCCAGCCCAACGUACCCUUACCGAACACCCACCCCACACAACACACUCUUACCCCCCUACACACCUAUUCCUACACCUAAACGACCGCACCCACCCCCCCCCACCCCAAACCAAACCCUCCAGCCUGCUCAGGGCGCCUCCUUGUGGACACAGGGUGCUAUCACACACAAACACGUCAGAAGUAGAGAAAAUAGAACGAGAGAAAUGUUAAUUCAUUCACACACGUUAACGUGGAGGGGAGAGAAUUGAGGAGAUGCUCCCUCAGUUAGUGGAUCACGGGCAUGUAGGGGGAAUGCAGUAGCACUGGUCGCUCCAACUGGCAUGUAGGACAGAUCGAAGGACGGACUACUGUCUUUGGCUUAUGGAAAAAGCUAUAACUAGGAGCAACAAUGACAACAACGAAAAAUGAAAACUAUGAAAGAAUGGCUGGGGUGAUGUCAAAACAACAAUGACCCCCCUUUCCCACCCCUUUCCCUCUUUUUUUCUGGGCACUCCCCCUUCAACACACACACACAAUGACUCCUCGAGAGCUCUGGGGCAGGAAUGGAGCCCAGACCAUGUCCUAAUUUCCAGCUUUUGUGGCUUAAAAGCAAUUGAUUUUUAAUUUUGAUUUCGAUUUGAUUUGCUCUGCUCUGCUCUUUGAAGAAAAUCCUGCUUAGAAUCCCCACUGCCCUUCGCCCAGACUCACCUGUCCUCUAUUUUUUGUUUUUUUUUUGCAACAAAGACAAAUGCGACACACAGAAGCGAAGCCCCUAUGUGACAUAUCUGCGGUGAGCAAGCGGAUGGACAGCAUGAUACGUUUAUCAUAUUGAUAUUUCUGCGCUGAGAGAUUUGUUUUUGUUUCUUGUUUGUUUGUUUGUUUAUCCAGUUGGGCUUCUGGUGACUGAGUAUGUUCAUGAAUAUACAUGAAUGCUGUAGGAGGGGAAAAAAGAGAAACAGUCCUGGCACAAUAUUGUUUUUUUUUUUCCUGUGCCCUGCAAAAACUAUGCACUAUAUAUUCACAACAUGUUUUUGUAGGUUUAUGGGGUCAAGAAUCACCUGUUUUGUUUCCCUGUUGUUGUGCAUUCUGUUCCCCCUGCCUUAGGUCACUGUUUCAUUUUUUUGUCAGCAUUUUAUUGAGACAUUUUCAUGUCGUAACACAUGUGAGCGCAAUGUUUAUUUCCUUUUUUGGCAAAAUUUGUAUGUGUAACCAUUUGACACAUAACGUCUUUGUCAAACAGCGCAAAAGUGGUCGGAGUUGUAAAUGCCUAAAAAGAUGUAUUAUUUUGAAGCAUGUUAGUAUAUUAGUGCAAAAGACAAUGAAAGGUCAGACAAGAGGAGCGUGCUUUAGCCCAAAACCGCGUGUUCACACAUACUACGGUACUCAAGUUGAACUCAAAUGUGUCUGUGACUGUUGUUCUAACUGCAGCCCGACUUGCUGUGUGUCUAUGCCCGUCCUUUACUCUUCAGAUCUGCAACUGUUCACACUGCAAAUUUAUUUGACCACUAGGAGCCUGGGAUUGCUUCCAUACUUAUUGAAUAUACUGUAUGUGCUUGGUCUUUACUCUCUAGACUCUGCAAUGGGGAGGACAUUAGUUUCAACACAGUUUAGGAAUCAAAAUGGUUGUCUGGUUCCUAAAAAUUCUGCCAGAUUAGUGUAAGGGCCAGAAUAGUUUCACAAGUAAUCUUGAAGGAUUUCAAUUUAACGUGAUAAGUCGCACAAGUGAUGAUUAGACACCAGUUAAGAAGACCCAUUGGAACACAUUUGACACAAAAACACUUACAGUAACUUGCUUGUGCUCUUGAUGCCAAGACACGUAUACAUAGAGUCCCAUCUCCAACAGAGACUCCAGUCAGAGAAUGGCCUGCUCUGGAGUAGCGUGAUGGAGCACCCGGGGAUGUUUAUGUAGCUAUGGUAACAUGCAGCAGCCCAUCAGCCUAUAGCCUGCUUCUUUCCAUCAAAACGCCUCAGCUUGUUUUCCUAAAGCUGCAGCUGAGGCGAUAGUUUGUAUGUUUGUGUUCAGUUUGAUUUAUAUCACGUAUAGAGCUUUAUUAAUGUGUCAUUGACUAAAUUGCCAUUUUUUAUAUAUAUAUUGCCACUGCAGAGAGCUUCAAAAACACUAAUCGCUUCUUUUUUCAGUUUAAUAUAGGCUCUCGUUUAAUAUUAAAGGCAGGAGUGGUUUCCUUUCCUUUCCUUUUUUCUUGCUGUGAAACUCACUAAUGCCACUGUCAUAAUAAUGGAAAUGUUUUAUCAGUUUACUCUGCUGCUCCUCUAGUAUUAUUGUUGUAUUAUUGUUAUUACGUGUUUAUAUUUAGAAUUUAUUUAAUAUAAUUUUUACAUGACACAGAAAAAAUAUAUUGUUUAUUUAUUUAACAUAAAUUAAAACCCAAAAGAUGUCCUGUUCUAUGUAAAUAUUUAUGUAGGCUGUCGUAGGCUAGGUGCGUAAGCAGACGGAAGCUCCUGACACUUGGUUCAGUCCCAAAAUGGCGGAAACGUAGACAGCCACACCCAGAAAACAGCCCAGGGCUUUUGUUGAUACCGUUCAGUCCUUACAGCAAUCUGUGUGUCAUUGUUCUCUCUCUCGACGGGAACCUGUGAAGGAUGUUUGCUGGCAGUUGUAAAUAGCAAAUAUUCUAAGAACUGUAACGUAGCAUUCUAGCCACACACCACACUAAAGAGGACAAAAGUGCCCACUUGGAUUGUGUGCUGUGUUUUAUUUUUGUUUUGUUUUGUUUUCUGGUUUCCUUUAUCUUCCUCGACCGUGUCUUUCUAAAGGUCCUUGUGCCCUUUAUGCGGGGCUUCUGCCUUUCACCUGCCAGCCUGACUGACACCCCCAACCCCAAAGCCCCCACCUGCCCCCAUCCCCUCUACCCCUCAGAAGAGUUUGUACCUCCAGCUGUUGAGCUUACAGGAUGUCUAACGUGGUUCUGCACCUGCAGUGAAACUGUGUUGCUGCUGCUCUCAGACCUCUGAUGGUCAUAGCCAACACUGUCAACUGUCACUCUUUCAGCAUCUACGUAUAUACCACCUUCUACUAAUUCUUCUUUUUUUGUCUUCUCUGGAGGUAAAUGGUGUGUUCCCUUUCUGUAAUGGCCUAAAGGGGGCACUCUGGCACUGACAUAUUAUAGGGGGGACCAAGGCCGGGACUGUAGUCCCACACAUAGAUAUGAUAGAGGUAUACAUGUCUAUGGUCCAUGGUACACAGAGGGGCCACACUGAUAACAGCUACAACAAAGCAAUGCCAUCAUCCUCACAUACGCUUCCUUAAGAAUCCUAAUGCAUUCAGUGGUUCCAUUGGAUUUACCAAUGGAAUUCUAUUCAAAAAAGAGAAAAAGAAAACACAACAUUGCAUCCAAGCUUUGGCCUCUCUCUGUGAUGUGUUCAGGCUUGAUAAUCUCCAAGUUCCUCACUUUGUUCUUUGUUCAACAUGUUUCAUGUGGAUAACCUCAAUGUCUGUAGCAAGAGCUGUGUCUUAUGCUGUGUUCUUCACAGGCGGAUUCUUUCAACCAUGCAGUCAUAACAUCAUUAUUAUUGUUACGUCUACCUUUUUCAUAGUCACAACAUUCGCUUUUAUUUUGUUUUGCUAACCUACAAAUGUAUACAAAUAAGGCACAUACUGCAUCAUAAAGUCUUAAUCAUCUCGUCAUUAUCAUCAUAAUCAUUAUUAUUAUCAUUAUCAUUAAUAAUGACAUUGGGCUCUUUUUGACUUAAUUUGUAAGGAUUUUGUGUUUUGCAUUUUUACUGUCAAGUGUGUGGGAGCAGCUUUUGAAGUACUUCUUCUUGGGCAACCAGUGUUUGUAUGUUAUGUCAAAAAGCUAAGUAAAUGGCAUAUUACCAUAUUCACAGUGUAUGCGUGUAUGAUGAGAUGCUGCAACUUGCUAGAAACGCCUUUCUUUAUAGUAAAAGCUAUGUCAUUUUCUCAAAAAAACAAGCAUCCUGUCUUUAAUUGUGUCACACAUUUAUAUUUCAUCCUGUACAGUAUGCACAUUUUACUAUAA